AUGUCUCUUCUCUGUGUGACCGUGCGUUCGGCGUUCCUGAAGGGUGUAGGAGCGCAAACUUCGAGUUAUGUCGUCCUGAAGCUCCAGAAUGUCAAAUCGACCACAGUGGCUGUUCGAGGCAACAAUCCGACGUGGGAACAGGAUUUCAUAUUUGAAACCUCCCAGAUGGACGCGAGUCUCGUGGUCGAGCUCUGGAACAAGGGGAUGCUGUGGGACAAACUGGUGGGCUGCGCGCUCAUUCCUCUUCAGGGCAUUCAGUACAGUGCGGAACCUUCUGAGGGCGUCUGGCUCACGCUCGACGCCGAAUUCAUCAACUCAACCGAUGGACAUCCUCAGGGGACCAAAACGCCUACGGGACAUCAACUUCUCAUCGAAGCCCAUUUCGAACUCCCUUACGAGAUCAGCGCUGAUGCGGGUCCGGAGCUUGCCGACAAGCUGCAGAUGCUCAAUACCAUCAUGGAUGAAGAAGUACAGCAUAACAAACGGGGAAUGUUCGCCUUGAACUCGGGCGUAUCGGAGGACAGCGACUACACUUCAGACGUCGGCUAUCCGGCCGUGGGUUCCACCCCGUCGGGGUCUCAUCCGCCCCCGCUGAACACACAGCACGUCAACGUAAAUCCUUCCGUGUUUGGAGGAGCUGGUGUUGUUCACGCCCACCUGCAGCAGCAGUACAACCGUCAGACCGAUCAGCUCGUGCCGGGCCAGGAUACGAAUCUACUUCAGAGUCAGCCGACCCCAGCGUCAGCUGCGGGAGCAUAUUCGGCUGCGGCCCGGCUACAACAACAGCAACAAUUGGCACGGCAGCAACAACAGCUCCAGCAGCUGCAACAGCAACAGGAACUUCAGCGACAGCAAGAUUUUCAAACCCAGCAGGAGCUUCGUUGCCAACAAGAGAUCCUCAAACAACAACAAUUGGAGUUCCAAAGGCAGCAGGAGUUUGUCCGCCAACAUGAUUACCAGCGGCAGCAGGACCUCGCAAUUCAACAAGAGGAGAUUCGGAAACAACAACAAGUUCUAAAAGACCUCCAAGAAACGCAGCGAAAAGAGAUUCUUCGACAACAAGAGCUGCAGCGUCAACAAGAAAUUCUCCAGCAAAAUCAGCGAUUACUCCAGCAGGUCGGUCCCCACCACGCUGCGGCCUAUCCGUCCAUGCUCCGCAGAUAUUUACAAUAG